AUGGCUACUCUGGCCAUCUCCCGCGCCGCCCAAGUUUUGGCUUCACUCAAGGUACUCAGCCAAAUCUGUGCCCGCGAGCUCUCCAUAGAUGGUUCCGAUCGAUCGAGGGACUCAGAGCUAGCUAGCUUCCCCGCGGAGUCUUUAGAUCUACCUCCUUUGGAAGAUCUUGUGCGGCACCAAUGGAAUCGAAGGCAGGAUCUGUUGGAUCUGAACUUGGACACCAGGCAGCCAUCAGCUAAUGAGCUAUGCAAAGACUUGGACCUGCUCGAGCAAGGAAAUGCAAAUUGCAGUGCUCCUCUCAGCAGGGACAGAGUAGAUGGGCACCGGGUUCAGAGGUUGCAGCAUUCAACACCGGCAAAUAUUGCAGAUAUGCAUCACAUUGCCUUUUCAGGGCAAAGCUCAGCACACCGCGCUCCCUCCUUAAAGCUUUCUAGUUCAGCGGUUGAAGAUGCACAGCUACCUGCCCGUAAUCUUCAUCAAUGUCAUGGCAAGGACGUCUGGUUGCAGCCGGAUUCCUCUCUCACUGCCACCACAGUUCAUUGAUGCGACUGGAUACAGUAACUCUGGCAUGGGAACUAGAUCUCUACCAAGAUCUUCACCCCUCCCAAGAUCAUCAAAGAUCUUUUAGGGCUGGCCCUGAACCUUAGUUCAGAGCAAAGCGGCCGCAGCCACCCAUGUCCCAGUCUCUUACAAUCUCUCCCUCCUACGCUACGAAGGUACUUUUUUUCACCGGAUUCGAGGGAUUGUGCACGCGGGAAUACGAUAAGAAAGGAAUAUCCUCCGCCUCACCCGUUAAGUCAACUGACGGAACCAUUGAUUGCUUUUGAUGGGAGGCACAAAUGCUUCAGUUACAGCGGAUAAUCAGUUGUUUGACAAGACUUAUAGUGCUCUUUUGUUCCUGAUGAGGUGAUGCGAGAAAUUUCAGCUGUACCAAUUUCUAGAAGCAUCUGUUCUGAUAUUUUGACAUGGGGGUGUUCUCUUCACUCUGACGAUUAGGAUGAAGGAAGUAUAUAGGGAGGUCUGCCAGCCAUUUAAUGAGGAAGGUGGUCUGAAUUUCUCUUGCGUAUAGAAGCUUAAGGUCAUUCCCUGCAUUCCGUUUAUACCUAGCUAAUGACUAUGGUACACAACUUUCCUUAUUCACACACCACAUGUGGAUUGACGAAUUUCUAAUAGUCGGUGCUGCUGCACAUGCAGCUAUUUUUAUGGUAAGAGACUAUGAUCCAACUACUCGAUACAAUGAUCUAUUAGAUCGCAUCCUUAGA